UUCGUCGGAAUCAAAUCUCAUUUAGUCGCCUUACUUUAAGACGACGACAUAUAUUCGUCAUUUGGGGGUGUUUAUACACAAUAUUUAUACAUAGCACUCUCUUUUUUCUUUGGUGGCUGACUUGUUCGCAUUACAGUCCGAACCAAACUGCUACUUUCAUAAUAAUUAAGGUCGGGAAUACAUUUAUAUACUGUACACAUAUAUAUAUUUACUAUAUAUCAGUCAAUCUAUCUAUCUUUAUAUUUACACACAUACAUAUAUAUAUAAAUAUAUAUAAAUAUAUACAUAUACACUCACACAGUAAAUUUUAACGACGACUCUUGUUUUGAUUUUUAUUUCACAAACAUCUCUUAACCCAACAACACAGGAAUAUUUUGAUAUUUAUAAUAAUUACAUAUAAUUAUUACUUGAAGCCAGAGAAGCGAUGGGGAAUACUUCUAGUAGCACAGAAACAGACGAAGAUCUUUCAGAAGACACAUGUAUGGAGUAUGGUGAAGAUGGCCUGGAAGGCUUAUCAGGCUCUAAAGAAAACUGUCUCCUGCAACUCACAGAGCAACUCUUUGACUUGUCAUCCCUGCGAAGCAUGGCAUGUAAAUUGGAUGAGGAAGUACUUCAAGACUUCAUUAGUAUGUACCAAACUUAUAUUUUACGGUGGAUAGAGGAACGGAUGUCACGGAAAGAGACCACUGUAACCAUGAGAGAAUUCUGUGAUAUGUUAACCAGUAAAGGGGCUUCAGAAAAAGAAGCAGCCUUAGCCUUCCAGACAUUUGACACAGAUGGCAUUGGGACGGCAGAACUCCAAGAUAUUGAACAAGAAAUAGAAUCUUCAUCAGAUCAAUCAAAAGGUGUCUUUACCGAGCCAGAGAGAAGCAUCCGGAAGCUGAAAACAACAGCUCUUAUCCAUGAUGUCGGACACAUUUUCCUAGAAGAACCAAUCAAAGAUAAUUAUAGUUUGAAAAUUUUAAAGUUUCUUAUCCAGAACCGAGCUCCAAGUUCCUCAUUGAGCUUGCCCAUACUAAAAGGUGUCACAAAUGUUAUGGAUCUCCGGUUGGCUCUGGUGAAGUCAUCCUUCAAGUCCAUGGAUGUUUUAGCAUCUGAUGAAUUACUGAGAAAUGGAGAAGAAGUUCAGCAAGUACAGCGCUGUAUCUGUUCUAUCGAGGUCUCCACAAACACAUCAAACAGUGAACGUCUUUUGAACGGCAAUACUUCUUCCUAUUGGCAAUCCGAUGGAACUUGCAGGUCUCAUUGGAUUAGAUUAAGAAUCAAGAACAACGUAGUAAUAAAACAGCUGUCCAUGAAUGUGUCAUCACUAGACCAAAGUUAUAUGCCACAACUGGUCUCCAUCUCUGUUGGCAAGACAACCAGUCUGCUGAAAGAAAUCAAAGAACUGAGGAUUCCAAAUCAUGUGAAUGGUGAUUAUGUUCUGAUUGAGAAUCUGACCACAUAUUUCCCAAUUAUCCAGAUCAACAUCAAGCGUUGCCAUAGCGACGGAUGUGACACAAGGGUACAUGGGGUCAAAGCUGUUGGGUACCGAUUACGUGCUAAAGAUCCUGGAUUAAGUGUAGCGGAUGCUUCUGCAGUUUGGUUUAUCCAGCUUCUCUCAAUGUGGAUCACAUCGGUGAUGCCCAAUGACAAGACUUUGAAGCGGAAGAUUCUUUUGAGAACAAGGAGUGCUCUCACUCACAUGCAACCAUUAUCAUUGUCACAAGCCAGCAAUGAGAGACCUUACUUCCUCAGUAAAAAUGUACUCAAAGAAGUUGAUAACUUCCUCACUGAUGUCGUUUUUGACAGCACAGGCCGUGUUGUACCUGCUGACCUGGACAUCCUUCUUAGCUUUAACAUGGCCCGUGGAAGCGUUAAAGGACUAAUCAGCACAAUCAAAGUAUUACAAAAUUUUCCUGAUCUGAGUUUAUCUUGCAAUCAACUGAUGACCAAAAUGAUAAAAUCGAAAAACACAGCUUUGGAGAAGCAAUCCAGUUCUUUCUACAUGCCAUUGUGUGGUUGCGAAGGAGGACAACUAGAAGACAAAUCAAAGCAAAACAGCAACAACAGUAGCAGCAGCAGCAACACUACCAAUCUACGAAGCAUUCAAGUUUACCUUACGGAAGGCAGGAAAAGUGUUGACCUCUUCUUCAAGGCUCCUGAUUUCGUUACCUUAACGAAGUUGAUGAUCAAGGUAAUCAGUGGUUCUCGUGGUUCCAGACAAGGAUUGGUGUUUGUCUACGGUGAUCAAAAUGAUUUCUGCCAAGAUGACCAUGUUAGUAAAUACGCAGCCUAUGAUGAAUGGACACAACAGGAUAUCCAGUCUCAUUUGGCUCAGGAGCAGUGUUUACCUUAUUCAGAAAAUGAUCCAGUGGCUGCAUUUCAUUUUGAAGAUACCUGGGACGAGUUGGAAAUUCCAGUUCUUUGGUAUCCAGAAGGAAAGUAUGUGUUAGUGAAGUUUUUGGAGCCUCGAAGUGACACCAGUGGGAAACUGGGUGUGAAGUCCAUACAGUUCUCUGGUUUCCACAAAAAGAUUACCUUCUCAAGAAUGCUACCCCCACAACCACUGUUUAAUCCAAUGAAAGAAUUGGUAAAUGUCGAUGAGAUGCAGACUCUCAUUCUGAACUUCUUGAUAGAUUUGGCACAAGUGCAGUUCAGCACCAAAAAGGUGAACCGUCUUGAUGUGUUAGAUGUCGAUGACAUACCAGUCCAGGACAUUUGGAAUCUUUUCCGCAUUUAUAUAAAAGAGGAAAACUUUGAAAAAGCUGGUGCUUUGAUCCGACUCCUUCAUUGUCUCUUACCCGUCAUGACAUCACUGAAUGAAGAUCAAAAGGCUGCCAUUGUAGACAUGUUCCACUAUUUAUGUCAGACUUUGGACAAUCAAUGUGACGACACGAAUCCUAUGUACAAAAUGAUCCGACAACUGAUUUAUGAUGGUGCUGCAGUGUUUUUCCCAGACAAAGAAUCCCGUGGCAGUAAACUCCUUAAUUUGAUGGAUGAUGUUGAGAAAUUAAUAGAGAAGCCGUCUGUCCAACUUGUCUUUCAAUCCCUCUGUCAGUUCUACACUACAGCUGACCCAAUGAGUUUGUUAUAUUUACCUAGUGGCAACCUAGACAAAGCUGAGAAUUUUGACAGCCAGAAGACGUUAGCCUUACUGGAGAAUCUGAUAUCUGUGAUAUACCGUGACCUUUGUGAUGUGGUCAACCGAAAUUCCACCAACGACCAGUUACUGCCCCUCCACAAUCUCUUCAGUUCGCUGCAGGCCACUGUCACCUACUGGUGUUGGCAACACUUGAAUUCCAAUGACGAGAACAGCAAGGCCAUUGCAAAGCAUAUCUUCCUCAGAUUUUCCUUAUCAAUUGCUCAAAAGGUAGAAGAGGCCUUUCAGUUCCUUCUGGCCAAAAAAGAUGAUGUGAUUGAAGUCUUACCAAAGCUGGAUAAACUAUUCCCCUCAUUACCAUUUCGACAGUUGUUGAUUUUACUGAGUUCCACCAUCGAGGUACUGGACCCAGAGUCACGCUGUUUACUGUUGCAGCACUUCAAACCGAUUCUGCUUCAACUCCGACAAUUGUCUCUGGAACUGCAUGAGCUUUUCCCUGACCUUUCUCACAACUUUUGGGUGAAUGAGAACAAAGAUGAUGUCAUCUUGAAGGUCUGGCAAGUGGAGUCACCUAGUUGUUAUGACAGUAAAGAGCAGAUAUCUCAGGUUUUCCUUUGUCCAGGUGCCUCCAAAAUGGUUGUGAACUUUGACAGCUGCUGUGAAACUGAAAGCAGAUUUGACUAUCUUCAGUUCAAGGACAGUGCAGGUAAAUCUUUCCGUUUCCACCACAAAGUAGGUCUGGCAGACUGGCCAAAUACGUUCACCUUCGAUGGAUCAUCACUGUACUUCAACUUCAAAUCGGAAACUGGUAAAACAGAUUGGGAAUACAAGUUUCGAGUGACUGCUCGUGGAAGUGCUGACACCAUUCUAACAUGGCCCUAUGACAUGUUGCUCUUGCUGACCAAGUUUUUAGGCCAAUUGUGUGGGUCAACUAUGUCAGCUAACCCAGUGACUGGUAAAACCCCAAUAAUUUUGUUGUUUGAUGAAACCUCAGAAGAUCUGUGUGACAGUGCUCUGUGGACAACAAUAUUUCGUGGAGGUUACGUGACACCUAUCAUCCAAAGAUCGCUCUCUGGCAACUAUUCAACCGAUUCCAAUCCAGAUGUGCUCCAUCUAAUAAAUAACAUGAAUUCAACCUGGAAUUUGGCAGAUCAACCUGGACUUGGACAGAUAUUGUUAAAACGCUGUCGAGAACAUUGCAAACCCCAACAGAUUGGAGGCAGUGAGUUUGACCAAACUAUUACUGCUGUCUUUUCUGCAUUGCUCUGGCACCAUCAGGACUUGAGGGAAGAACUGGAGAAUUUCAGUGAGAAGGAGGGCGUUAUUGAGAUCUCAGAUAAAAUCUACGCUGCUUACAAUCUGGCAGAAUCUAAACGGAAGAAAUUGAUGAGUGAAAGACAGAAGAUAGCUGUCGAAGCUGACAAAGCCCCAUGGUCUUCAGCAGGUGUUCAAAACCCAGUUCAAGCCUGCCAAGAAAAAGCCCUGUUUUUAUUGAAGUUCACUGGCCUCAAUAAGUAUCAACUGAAGGGGAAUAUGUCCAGUUCUGAUGAAUCAUUCAAGUUAGUCAUGGAAUUUAUUGAAAAUGAUAAAUGGUCAAUAGAAAAGGUGAAGAAAAUGUUGAAGGAGCGGUCGGAAUAUGCCCAAGUGUUGGGGGACAUCUACAACUUUAUCUGUGAAUUUAUUACGAAGAUGAGUGACCAAGGUGAUAUUCUACAGAUUCCAAUAAUUGUGUUCCUGCAAGAGUUGUUGUCUCAUCAAACAACUUCACUGCAUUGUUGUCAAGCACUAGACGGCUGUGGUUUAGAACUUGAAAACAAAAUCCGAGACGCCUUCUACAAACUUGUUGAGAAGCUGUUGGAGGCUUUCUACGUCUGCAAGAAGCAGAAACUAUCACGUGUAAAGAACCAAGCAUUCAAUUGCUAUCAAGCUUUCUUGCUCCACAUCUUGGACAUCCAUUGGCAGAUGAAUGAUCUAGUCUUUCUAACAAAGACAGACUUAGCAACUUUCCUUUUCAAUAUGGCAAAAGACAAUAUGAUCACAAAGAACUGUCAGGUUGAUUACAUAGAUGAGACUGAAGAACUGGAAGAGUACAAGAGACACAUGAAACUGUUGAAGAAGAUCGACAGACAGGAUGUUAUGCACAUGUAUGAGGUGAAGAAGGGUGCAGAGAAAAAGGACAUGGUGAUUUUUAUGUCCAAAUUCUCAAUGCUUCUGGAAAUGCAGUUUGAAUGCAACAGUUGCCAGAAGAUCGUACACAGCCACUAUAAAUGCCUUCAGUGUUCUGCGCUUGAUUUUUGUGCCUCGUGUAUAACUGGAGGUUGUUUCAAGAACGAUAAAGAAAAUGAAGACCAUAACGAAGAUCAUGAUAUCAUAUACAUAGCUUAUCACUGUGAUGUUUGUAACGGUUAUAUUAUGGGGACCAGAGUUCAAUGUGCUGAAUGCAGCUACCAUGUCUGUUUCGGAUGUUACAAGCUUGGACAGGUUCCUUCACCCCACAAAACUAGUCACAAAGUCAAAAUCAUUCCUCGCCUCAAAUCAAAGUCCAUUGUGAUAGAGACCUACAUACAACAACAUGCCUGGCUCCUAUAUAGCUGCCUGGCUCUGCAGUUAAACAGGAUGACGCACCAGCCUGCUGACACAUGUGGAAUCCGGUACCACGAAUUGGCUGUUAAUCUCAACAACAACUGUAUCAACAUGGUACUAAAUGACCUCCUGAACGGGUUCAGCGAGAACGAAAUGAACUUCUUGAAAGAACCACUGUUACUGGAGACAUGUGAUGAACAGUUUUUCUCCAGCCACAUCCACUUCAAACUGCUCUCCCUGCUUGGUACAUUGUUCUCAGGAAACUCUAAAUCGACGAUAACUGCCAACAAAAGUGAAAAUAUGAGCCUCGAGACCUUCACACAUUUCUUGAAAACCAUGCUGAAAAUAUCAUUCAUUGACACCAAUUACGACAGCACAACCCGGUUUAUGGCAACUGGGCUGCUGACACGUCUCCUCUGUAGAAGCUCCCUCAAGUGUGCUGAUGAAUCGAUAGAAUCGCUGGCUGGUGAUCUUCCUGACUUCCCUUCGGCUACAGCAAAGAUCGGCGAGAAAAUGAUCAAUUUCCUUCUUCACCAAGGUGCCUGUAAUGUUGAAUAUGGAAACACGCAGCAAGCGUGCACAAUUGCUUGUAUGAUACAAAGGCUGAACAAGACUGAACAUUGGAACCCAGUGGUGGUUAACUGCCUCUAUGAGUGCAUCUCACCACUCUUUGAGAAACUUGCCUCAAAUCCUGAAGGUACCCCACUGGUUUUAUUCUGCAUGUUUGUACUCACAGGAUUCCCUCACAUUCCGUCCAUAGGCUCAUUAAUUCACUACAGUUGGAAUGGUCAGAAGGAGAAACCUGGAAUUGUACUGAAAACUUACUGUGAAAAACGUCAGACUCUGAUUGCUGAUGUGGUCAGCAAGAAGGUGCACUGUGUAGAUGAUGACAGUUUUUCAGUCGUUAACGAGGGCAUUGACAUAUCCAGGUGUGAACACAAAUUCAUCGAACUCGUUAUUAAUUUAAUAAAACAAUUGUGCAAAAUUUUCAAGGACAAAAAGAAACUCUGUAUGGAUCUCACCUGGGUGAUGGCUUUGUUACAAAAACUUCUCUACCAAAUCUUCACCAAUCUUAGUGCACUCUUUGUGAAAGAUGUUUAUGAUCCGGCGCUAAUCCAGUGUCUUGUGGAUCUUGCCAGCCAGGGUACUGGACUCAGUAAACAAUGGUUACUCAAAGACUUGGAGUUGUUGAUGUUACUGCAAUAUAUGACGAAAUCUAACUCCAUCCACAAUGCCAAGAAAGCAAGCCAAAAGUCUCCGAAAUUUGGAGGUAUGGACUCCCAGAGUAGACAAUUGCAGGACUUAGAUAUCCCAGAUGCAAGCAGUGUAAAAGUUGAGAAACUAGUACUCGCUGACUUAUCAGACAUAGAAAAUACACAUCCAUUCCAUCAGACAGACUCCUUUGAAGUUAUUGUCGAAAAUUUCUUAUCCAAGAAAGCUGAAGACAGUUCUGUGAGUGACCCCCUGAACCCCUGUGAUGAUAUCUUACCAACUUCCAGUAACGACCAAACAAUAGAUUCUGGUGUUCAAUUCUUGGAAUUCAAAGGAAUCAAAGAAGUUUUGACAAGCUGCACCACAGAAGAAGUGCCACACUGUUUCGAAGACCUGAUCACACUGCCAGACGAAGUUCAGAAUGACAUUGAACAAGAACGGCACAAGAAGAGUGCUGAACUGUUGCAGAAGGAACACAAGAGCCGUGUGUCGGACAUCUACCUGCUAAAGCUGGCCAGAGCUAUUGUUGUUCUCUACUCUCGCCAGUUACUAGUGUCUUUACUCUCUGCCUGGCCAGAUGAGGUUGCACCAGUCGGGGCAAAACUCUUCGGGGUUUCUGAUGGUCACCAAGUAUCCUGUAUAUUUGAUCUUUUACAUGGUGUCCUGCCUAAAAAGGUGACUGACCAGGCCAUCGAGAAUGGCACGAAGCGUUGUGAUCUGGCCUUGUUACCUGAAGUGGCACUGAUGGCCUGCCAAUUCUUGGAAGAAGACAAUGAUGUCGUAAUCUGCCGCGAGUCAAAACACAACUACGACAACAACACAAAAGAGGAGGAGAAGAUACAUGUUCCAGGGGCUUCCUACCUUACUGUCACAUUUGACAACAUGUGUUCCACUGAAGAAGGAUGUGAUGAGCUGGAAUUUUCAACAACUCCAGAUUUCCAAAGCAAUGUUCAUGAAAUCAGUGGUGUGUCUCGAAGCAACUGGACGUCGUUUCAAGUUCCAGGUGACUCUUUGUAUUAUAACUUCACCAGUGAUUCUGAGAACACAUUCUGGGGUUACAAAUUCACUGUGGUUGCUGGCUUCAGGGACCGGUUCACCACUGGCUAUUUGAUCCUGCGUACUCUGCUUUUCUCCGAUCUAUCAAGAUAUUUACCUAUUAAAGACAUCUGGGCACACCUGGUCCAUGUUGCUUGUAAGCAAACUCAUGUGAAACGAUUAAACACCAUCUUCCUACUCCUGAGAAUACUCCAUAUUCAAUUAGAGCAUCCAGAAAACAAGAGUUUGAUCAACUUGACACUUCUCCGUCCACUCUGGAAGCUGUAUGUAUCACUCAGCCAAACUACAUCCCAGCAACCAAACCAGCAACCUCUACCGAUUCAAAGAGCUCUCACUGAACUCUUCUUACAUACUGAAAAUCUUGCAGUGGAAUGGGACAUCAAAGAGGAAUACCUACUUGCUCUGCAAGAGCCCAAAGAAAUCCUGGCUAAAGUCUUUCAUGGUGCUUGUGUAAUCGCUGCUAUUGGACUUGCUCUUGGAGUGAAGAAUUCUGCGUUAGAAGCUAUUUUGGGAAAAUCAAAAUCAAGUUAAAAAUGUGCAAUGCCAGAAAUCCAAAGCUUCUUCCUGGUUUAUCUGUGUUUGCCCUCAGAUACAUGUUACGCUGUGUUUUCUCCAAUUAUCUACUCGAUGACUUCAGUAUCUGGAGACGUAUGGAACCCAGAAAUUAUCAUGUGUUUAAAAAACACUUUAAGACAAACUGCAUGGCAUAUGGAAUAUUUUAGAAUUCUUUCCCAUUUUUUAUCUACCAUUCAUAAAGCUUAUUAUUAUUAUUAUUAUUAUUAUUAUUAUUAUUAUUUAUUAUUAUUAUUAUCUCAGUGUGGCGAGCUGGCAGAAUUAUUGGCAUGCUGGAUAAAAUACUUAGCCUCGUUUCGUCCGUCUUUGCGUUCUGAGUUCAAAUGCUGCCGAGGUCGACUUUACUUUCAUUCCUUCGGGGGGUCGAUAAAAAUAGUACCAGUCAAGUACUGGGGUCUAAGUAAUCAACUUCACCCUCCCUAUCAAAAACUGCUGGCCCCCUUACCAAAAUUUGAAGCCAUUAUUAUUAUUAUUAUUAUUAUUAUUAUUAUUGUUAUUAUUAUGAGGGUGGUGAGCUGGUAGAAUCAUCAAAGCACUGUUUUUAUGUUCUAAGUUCAAAUUCCA